ACACGGCAAUUGCGAAAUUGCACCACGCAGUGUGUUGUGAUAGUCCCUAAGAAAUUUAAUUUUGCAAUUUUAAACCGUUUUUCUUGUCGUAUUCGUGUCCAAGUAAUGCGGCAAUGUGCCUUAGCUUUGAUGGGCGCUCCUGCUGCUGCUGUUACCAAAGUAAACUCAAUAGCGCCGUCGUCGCGGCUGCCGCCGACGUCGUCACAAAAACCAAUUAAUAGCUAAUUCGACAUUCCCGAGCCCCCUAAAAUACAAAAAUAUAUAAUGGGCAUAAAAAAUGAUUUGAAAGGCAUCAAAUUACGUCGCCGUCACCUAAUCCUAUAUACCAUGAUCACAUCCAUCGUGGCAGCUGUUGUGGGUACUCCAACAGCAGCAGCAGCGUCACCAUCAUCAUCCUCAACUGAAUCAAAUCUACAGCCUGCUGCUCCUCCAUCUCCACCAGCCAUUCCCCACUGUGUGGAGCAACAGGAGCGACGCAUUGGUCGGCGAUUGCUGUACAUAACGACACUCGAUGGCCGUCUCAGUGCUUUGGACAUUGCCAAGUCGGGCAAGCUGCGUUGGAGCAUAGAAACUGGACCCGGUCCACUCAUCUCAUCGAGCAUACAUCGUCUGGAGCUAACAAAUAAUGGGCAAUUUGUUCGCAUGAUACCAUCGCUCAGUGGCGGUAUAUACAAAUUUGAUGGCGAUUCCAUAGAUCCGAUUCCUAUCACAGCCGAGCAUUUGCUUAGCUCUAGUGCCAAAUUUAGUGAUGAUCUUGUCAUCUCGGGCGGCAAGGAGACACGUAACUAUGGCGUUUCUGUGCGAACCGGAAAACUGCUCUAUGAGUGCUCUAUCAAUGGAUGUAUAAAUUCCACAAGUGAUCGACAUGCCAUUAACGAUAAGAUUGAAGAAUUGGACCAAGACGAGGAUCAGCAGCGGGAGCGGGAGCGGGAGCAGGACGAUGAACAGCUGAAAGACGAGGAUGGUUACAUUCUACCCCAUGAUUCGCUGCUCGACGACGUUAUCGUAGUGCGACGCCAGACACAGACAGUGCGCGCCGUGGAAUCACGUACGGGCAUUGAGCGUUGGAACUUCAGUGUGGGACAGCAUGAGCUGGAUCUAAUGCGUGCCGCCGAUUGCCAUGAGCAGCCACGUAAUGACCUGGAGCUGGCUGUGCUGGAUGUGGACAUUAGAGUUGUGGUGCCCGAGGGUAUCAUCUGUGCCUUCAGCAAGAGUGAUCCUCAGCUCCUGCUCUGGAAGUAUAAAUUCAAUCAUCCCAUUGUGAGUGCAUGGCAUACAAACGCAGCUGAUGAGCUGCAGUCCAUUGAUCUAUUCAGCUCGGCGCAGUGGCUGUGGGAGGAGAACGAGCAGCAGCAACGUGGAGAGCACAAGCAGCCCAGUAGUACUCCCUCCAUUUAUCUGGGCAUGUACGAUAAACAGUUGUACAUACAGGAGUCGAUACGUCUGCGUCAGGAGAUCAUGGAUCAGACACAGCUCUUUCUACAACUGACCGGCGAUACGAGCAUGAUGCCCAAAAUACCCUGGCGACCAAUUGCGGCCAGCAGCAAUUCACUGGUACUUUUCCAGGGCGAGCGAGAUCCCGUGGUAAUUGGCGACGAUCAUGAGAAUAGCGAACUUGUGCCAUAUGAUGAUCAGAACUUUGCCGUAGCUGCGCAGUCCGUGUUGAAUGCCUCGGAGUUUGUAAAUGGUAAUGGCUUUUAUUUCUAUACGGAUACGAAAUGGGAUAAGUCAAGUGGCGCCUUGGAAUGUGGUGCUAAUGACACCCCCAGUAAACUGCCUGCCAUUGAGUCAACUUCGGAGAGCAACGACAACGAGUCGGCUAUGGCUGCUGGUGGAAAUCACAGCAUCAAUGGUGAUCUUAGCUUUAGCUUAGAUGACAUCGAUGCUCCUGUCAAGGUGGUCAUACUUUCGCUGUGGUUCUGGUGGAAAGAGAUAGUGGUGAUUGCAUUCACUUCAGCUGUGCUGCUUAACAUGUUCAUGGGUCAUCGUAAUCAGCGCGUGGAACGUGAGUAUCUGGUCAUUGAGCGACAUGUGCCCGUGCAAACGGCCAUUGAGGCAACCGAGGCCUCCACGCAGGCGCUGUUGGGACCUGUGGUCCCAUUGUCGGGGGUACAUCAACGCGGCAAUCGUCUCGCCUUUACGGGUGCCAUCGGUGGAGCACAGCGCUCCAUUUCGGAGUCGACGACACACUCUGGUGAACAUUUCACGUCACGCUUCCAAACCGACUUUGAACUAAUGCAGUGCCUUGGACGCGGCGGCUUUGGCGUGGUGUUUGAGGCCAAGAACAAGCUCGAUGAGAAUCGUUACGCCAUUAAACGCAUUACAUUGCCCAACAAAGAAUCAUCUCGGAAACGUGUGCUGCGCGAGGCUCGAACUCUAGCGAGCUGUGAGCACCACAACAUUGUGCGCUACUUCCAUUCGUGGGUGGAAGAACCGCCUUUGGGUUGGCAGGAGGAGGAGGAUCGCAAGUUACUGGCGCAUGAGAUGUCCACGUCUAUCCAAAUCGAGACGCCCGAUGGCAGCACUUUGCCUUCGUUGUUGGAGCAUACACAGAAUAAGCGUCAUCAGUUGAUAUCUUGGGUCUCUGAUCCGGCUAACAGCACCGCCUGCACCUCUGAACAUGAUGAGAAGGCAUUAAAUCACAUUAGGGAGGACUACGACGAUGAAGACGAUGAUUCUCUUAUAGAAUUUCGCAGUGAAUCACAGUCGGCUGCCUUGCAUGCCGAUGAGGUCGACAGGGAAGAUGAGGAACAAAAGCCAGUGUCGAAUGAGGCAAAGCGUCAAGUGCAACGUGGAUCUGUCUCUAUCGAUAUACAUUCGGCCUCGUUUGAUUUGAAGAACAUCAACUACACACAACACCAGCUGUCCAAUUCAUUUCAAAUCGAAUCUAUACGAUCUAAAAGCAAUACCAGCGAUACGGAGGAUGAAUCCGAUGUGGCGCCCAGACGGAAACCGAUGACAUUGGCCAUACAACCACAUGUCCCUAAUAGUAGCCAAAUAACAUUGCCAAGUGCCACAAUUCAGAAUGGAUUAACUGUUAAGCCCAACAAGGUCUACCUCUAUAUACAGAUGCAACUGUGCCGCAAGGAGAGUCUUCGCGAUUGGUUGCGCGACAAUCGAACCGAAGCACGAGCUGCGCACAUUGCUCACAUCUUUCAUCAGAUUGUGGAUGCCGUUGACUAUGUGCAUCUGAAGGGUCUCAUACAUCGCGACCUGAAGCCCAGCAAUAUAUUCUUCUCACAGGAUGGCCAGAUCAAGAUUGGUGACUUUGGACUUGUUACGGACACCGUAGAUAUACCCAAUGUUUCGAAUGAUUGUGGUGAUCAUUCCGGACUGCCAUCCAAUGUUCGACAUACGCAACAGGUGGGCACACAUCUGUACAUGUCGCCAGAGCAGCUGCGUGGUCAGCAUUACGACUAUAAGGUGGAUAUCUAUUCGCUAGGUCUAAUCUUUUUCGAGCUGCACGUUUACUUUUCAACCGAAAUGGAACGUAUUAAGACGUUGCGUGCUUUAAGGGAUGGCCUGUAUCCAGCUGACUUUGGCAGUCACUAUCCUGAACAGUAUGAGCUGCUGCAACGGAUGCUCUCCUCGCAGCCGUCGCAUAGGCCACAAACGAAGCAACUGAAACAGCAACUGCAUGAAAUUCUAAAACUACCCGACCAUCUGGUAGAUGGCCACAGCGAGCUGGCGGCAAUGGCAGCGGCGACACGACGCUUGAGUCGGAGUCGCACUUUCAGCAGUAGCAGCGAACAGCCUCAGUGAUGAGAGUCACGGUUAUAGCGCGUUAAGUCACAUCAAGUCAUGGAUCGACAUGUGUUUAAGUGAUAUAUUAUUCAACUGCAACUAUUACUCAUGGCAACCGGGCUAUGCCUCAUCUGCUCUGACCUUGACAUGCUCUUAUCACAGUCAGUUAACAUUAAGUUAAUUAUUUUAUUCUUUAAUAUAUACUUAUGCUUAAGUUAUCCAUUAGAUAAGAUUUUUAAUCUAAAGCGACGCCUGCUGUAAAACAAAACAAAUGUGUGUUUUGUUUAAAAGACUUAAUUGUAGAAAAUGUAAUAAUUACAUACCUAAAGUUAUGACAUGUACAUAGGAUACGUAUGUACAUUGAUUUACUUUAAAAGAAAUCGUUAGUAUAAUAUACAAACAAAUUUAUAUGCCCAAAA